AUGAAAGCAAUUUGCUCUGCUGAGCCAAACUGCGGCCGGUUGGUGGCAACUUUGGUGGCCGGGAUUGUGGAUGCCCAAGGCAACUUUAUGGACACCAGCGGCUGCUCGUUUAUGACUGUUAAUGUGUCCAUGACAAUGAGACCGAAGAAGCUCAACCCACACUCCGUCCACAGCCAACCCGAAGACCUGAAGUUUGAAGACUUCAAGGUGGUGGUAUCGGUGCCGAAAGGUUGCUCGACCUUGGAUAUACCCUGUGGCGUGAGUAGCUUACAGCUGUCGGCCAAGUCGCGAAAAAAUCAGCGCAAGUCUGCUGCGUCGCUGUACCAAUUUGUUCGCGCUCUAGCACACAAAGUUUUAACCACACAAUCGGACGAACCAAGCGCCCAUUUCGGGGGUUAUGAAGCAGCAUGCGAACUAAAGGGCGAGAUCAUGAAAAGAAUGGCAGGAGACUUUUAUCCCAAGAUCAAUGAAUAUGAGCAGAGCUUGUCCUGCAAAGAGCGCGAUGAAGUGGGUGCUUUACUUCGGCGGUGGUACUGUCACGGAUCCAGGGACAUCGAGGAGAGUCAGCUCGAAAGCCAUCUCACGUUCCCGCCGAAUUCCAAAGAGGCUAAAGAAAGAGACAUCGCACGGAGCUACUUUCAAAUUGAUGGCGAGCCAGAAGGUGGAUAUGACAAUCAUGGGUACGAGCCCGAGGAGGAUGAGAACCCCUAA